GUAGUUUAUAAGUACUGCAGUGCGCGCUCAGUCCUCAGCGGGUCUUCCUGUGUUCGGGGCAGAAGAGGAGGUUUACUUUUUUAUUUUCAUACGGAACUAUGGCCUCUGAUUCAGGCUACGGGCAGCCUGGAGCCCAACAAAGCUAUGGCUCCUAUGGAGGGUCCCAGGGCUAUCAGCAGGCUGGGCAGGGUUAUGGACAAGGUAACGGAGGUGGCUCUUAUGGGGGACAGAGCUACGAAGGUUAUGGUCAAUCAGCAGAAGGAUAUGGGCAGUCAUCACAAAGUUACUCAUCUGGUGGAUAUGGUCAGCAGCAGCAGCAACAACCACCACAGCAACAACCACCACAGCAACAACAAACCUACGAUAGUUAUGGGCAGCACAGUUCUGAUUCUUCAUCAGGGUAUGGGGACAAGUCUUACGGGCAGCAGAGUUCUUACGGGCAGCAGUCUGAAGGAGGAUACAGCCAAUCUGGGAGCUCGUAUGGUGGCUCCUCACAGGGUGGUUAUGGAAGGCGGAAUGAUGGUGAGAACAGGAGAUAUGGUGGAGAUGAUGGGGGUGACAGGUCUGAUACUGGCUACAGAGGCAGAGGGCGUGGCGGGUAUGAUCGUGGAGGCAGUGACCGUGGAGGGUAUGACCGAGGCGGUUACGACCGCGGAGGCUAUGAGCGAGGUGGAAGAGGAGGAGGAGGCCCUUCCUUUGGUAUGGGUGGUGGUGACCGUGGUGGCUACAAAAAUUACGGUGGACCCAGAGAAUAUGGUCAAAAGGAUGAUGGAGGUGAUGAACAGGACAACUCCGACAACAACACAAUCUUUGUCCAAGGUCUUGGUGAGGAUGUGUCCACACAGGAAGUCAGUGAUUACUUCAAACAGAUUGGAAUCAUUAAGGUAAAUAAGAAGACUGGCAAACCCAUGAUCAAUCUGUACACAGACAAAGCCACUGGCAGACUGAAGGGAGAAGCCACAGUUUCCUUUGAUGACCCUCCUUCUGCCAAAGCUGCCAUUGAUUGGUUUGAUGGCAAGGAGUUUAAUGGUAAGCCCAUUAAGGUCUCGUUUGCCACCAGAAGGGCUGAGUUCACUCAGAGAGGAGGAGGAGGAGGAGGAGGAGGAGGGGGGGGAGGCAGAGGGCGUGGAGGAUUCAGAGGAAGAGGAGGCUUUGGUGGGGGUGGAGGUGGUCCAAAUUUUGAUGUGAAGGGAGGAGACUGGCCCUGCCCAAACAGCUCUUGUGGAAACAUGAACUUUGCACGAAGAUAUGAAUGCAACAAAUGUGGUGCACCAAAACCAGGAGACAGCUUUGGAGACCGUGGUGGUGGUAGAGGAGGCUAUGGCGGUGACCGUGGUGGUUUCCGAGGAGGCAGAGGAGGUGGCUUCCGAGGUGGAGACCGUGGUGGUGGAUACAAGAUGGGAGGAAGAGGGGAGCACAGAGAAGACAGACGAGACCGGCCAUACUAAAGGAUCUGAGCAAAGAUGCAACCAAGAAUCUGAACUGGGGCUGGGGAGGGUUAACAUUAGGCUAAAUGAAGGGAUGGGAUUGUUCCAUUUUCCGGUCUUCAUACUUUUUCUAGCAGUUUCUGCUGUAUCAAGUGACACUCUGCUCGGAAGCAUCAAUGUGAAUCUACUGUUUGAGGCUGAAUGGAUGAGGGGAGAUGAAACAUGAGGGGGGUGGGCGAGAGGUGAUUAUUUUUGUUACUCCCUUUUUAAUUUCCCUGACUAGUGGAAUUUGCAUUUAAUGUGUUAGACUCGUCAGACUUCAUAUCAUUGUUUUGUAAGAUUGAAUUGAACUGUUUUACUUGGGUUUUUCUUUUGCAAAUGAUAUUAAACAUUGUUCUGAUCUUAA